CAAUUUAACGUUUACAAAGAGGGUUAUUUACUGAUGUGUUAUUAAAAUUAAUUAUUUUUGAAUAUACUCGAAAACUAUAAUGGCCGAACUUGCGGCAACAAAUUUAUUUGAAUCACAAACUAUAAAUGCAGAUCACAAGGACCUUAUCCAUGAUGUUGCUUAUGAUUUUUACGGAGAAAGAAUGGCCACUUGUUCCAGCGAUCAGUACGUUAAAGUGUGGGAUACAGAUGGGCGAGGUGGGUGGCGGCUUACGGGCAGCUGGAAAGCCCACCAUGGUUCUGUCUGGAAGGUGACUUGGGCUCAUCCAGAGUUUGGGCAAGUUUUAGCAACAUGUUCAUUUGAUAGAACUGUUGCUAUAUGGGAAGAAGUUGGUGACACCACAGCCCCUGGCUCUGAGAAAGGUCUCCGCACAUGGGUCAAACGGUCGAAUUUAGUGGACUCUCGAACCUCAGUGACGGAUGUAAAAUUUGGCCCAAAACAUCUAGGUUUAUUGCUAGUCACUUGUUCAGCAGAUGGAAUUAUAAGAAUCUAUGAAGCCCCCGAUGUAAUGAAUCUUGCUCAAUGGACUCUACAGCAUGAGAUCCCUACCAAAGUAUCAAUUAGUUGUCUAUCAUGGAACCCUACUUUAUCUAGCAACAGAGUAAACCCACCAAUGUUGGCGGUGGGCAGUGAUGAACCAAACAUCUCCAAUGCCAGCAGUAAUCAGGUGGAUAAGACAUGUAAUGGAAAAGUUUUCAUCUAUGAAUACGCGGAGACGUCGCGUCGCUGGACGCGCACCGACUGCGUGUCGGCGGUGCAGGAGCCCGUCAACGACCUGGCCUUCGCGCCCAACCUCGGCCGCUCCUUCCACCUGCUCGCCGUCGCCACCAAGGAUGUCCGUAUCAUCAAGAUCGAGCCGCUGCCCGAGUCUUCCGGUGGUGCGGGGGGCGCGGCGGGUGCGGGGGGUGCAGGGGGCGCGGUGGGUGCGGCGGGCAACGGGUGCGGCGCGCGCUACAAGACGGAGGUGCUGGCGGCCUUCGACGACCACUACUCGUGCGUGUGGCGCGUCUCCUGGAAUGUGACCGGCACAUUGCUCGCCUCCUCCGGCGACGACUGCUGCGUCAGGCUCUGGAAGAUGCAAUACUUGAACCAAUGGAAAUGCGUGGCGGUGUUCAAGAACGAGCCCCAAGCGGGCGACUCGCCGACUCCGGGGCGAGCGCACACCACGUACACGCGGCUGGCGGCCAUGGCCAACGCCGCGCACAUGCCGCACCACUGACGACACGCCCCCCGCCACGCCCCGCACUACGCGCCACGCCCACCACCACCAC